UGUCGUUAUCUCACUGCACACAGUUUUACUUCCGGGUCACUGACGUUGGCGCACAGCGAGCGCACUAUAGGCUGCACUAACGGAAUGGACAACAUGUUACAAUUCAUGAAACUAGUCGGACAGCUAAAACGCAUACCAAGAACAGGAUGGGUGUACAGAAAUGUCAAACAGCCUGAAAGUGUGUCCGAUCACAUGUACAGAAUGUCAAUGAUGGCCUUAACUAUACAAGAUGUUAGUGUCAAUAAAGAAAGAAUCAUUAAGAUGGCUUUAGUUCAUGAUUUGGCGGAGAGCAUUGUGGGAGAUAUAGCUCCAGCAGACAACAUUAGCAAAGAAGAGAAGCACAGAAGGGAGAAGGAAGCAAUGGAGCACAUCUCAGGACUUUUAGAAGAUGGCUUGCGUAAAGAGGUUUACGAACUAUGGGAGGAGUAUGAAAAUCAGACUAGUUCAGAGGCCAAACUGGUGAAGGAGUUGGACCAGCUGGAAAUGAUACUACAAGCUCAUGAAUACGAAGAGUUAGAGGGGAAACCAGGAAGACUUCAGGAGUUCUUCACCUCAACUGAAGGCAGGUUCCAUCACCCAGAGGUUGUGGGUCUGUUAACGAGUCUAAAUGAGGAGAGAGCUCGCCACAUAGCUGCCAAAGGAAGAAAGGAUGCAGUGUAGACCACUGAAACAACAUCCUCAUGACCUCACUUCCAGUCAAGUUCUGAAGCUACCUCUAUACAAGAGUUUAUUUGUUAAGAUAUAUGCUGUAUUGUUUUAAUGUUGUUAAAGGUCUUAAAAUACAAUCCUAUUUCUCUGUUCUGAAAUGUGGUAAUAGCCUUUUUAAAAUAUUUGGUUAAUACAGGUUAAUGAGUAUUGACAGUUGUAAUUUUAUUGAUAAAAUGCCAUCUUUGUAAUGCCAUCCAAAUUGUUAUGUUGCACAUGUUAUCUUGUGUCAACAGUUUCUGGUGGCUUUAAAGAGAUAGUUCACCGAAAGUAGAAAAUAGCUAAAUUUAGUUUUUCAUCCACACGUUUUAGGCCCUUUUGACUGAAUUUUCUGUGCAACACAAAACGCAGAAAAGUACAGCCUCCGUUAUUUUUCAUUGCACAUAUGAUCAAAGUAAAUGGUUGACAUCCUCUCUUUCUCCCUAAUAAAAGUCAUACAGCUUUGUAAAAACGUGAGUGUAAUUUUCAGUCAGUGUUUUUUACCCUUUUAAGACAUAGAUGUGAAAUGCAGAUCAAAAUCGUACAUGCUCUGUUAUGUAUGUAACUGAAUCCAUAUUUUACUAUGAGGGAGUGUUAAGCAUUUACAAUAGAAGCAGUACUAGGUGUUUUUCAUAAUCGUACUUUUUUAUAUAUUGUACUUGUUUUGUAAGAGGAACUUGGGGGGAAAAAUGUUAAGCCUGAAAUAUACUUUAAACACUAAAUUAGUUUUGCAAUAAAUAAACAUUUCCUAAACUUUA